AGAACCGAGCGACGGCGCGAGGGCAGCGAUGGCAGCAGAGCACGCAGGUAAUGAAACUGCGUGCUCCUCGUCAAUUGCCGUAAUUAUGCCGCUCGUGUUUGUGAAAUUUGUAAAUCAUAAUCACUGCCGAAUGUUAGUGCAUGCAUUCAAGAAAGCGAAAGUUGACUCAAUCACUGCUCUGUUUCCGGACAUUAUUUCGAUGCAUUCCACCUGCCAUCACUUAUCCAUGGCUCUCUGGAUUGCUCACAACAUCAUAAUCCGAAACAAGCACGUGGAAAGGUGCCCCUCAACCGAUGCUGCUGCCACCCUGCUCGAUCUAUCACAUAUUCGCAUACACCAGCAAUCCGUCUGCUCUGUUGCCUGUGUCGAGUGAGCCGGGAACAAGCUGCUGCUCUGCGUGCCUCUACUCUCAUCCUCCCGUGGCCACCCCACCAGCCGGAUCACCAAGGGUACUGAUAAAAACAUGUCAACACCAUGAAUUUUGUUUAUUAUCUUCCCGCACAGCCCGAUUCUUCCGUUUUUUUUUCAUUGUAUCAUUAUAACCGAAUCUCUCCAAUUUUCUUUUAUAGCCCGUACUUGAGUGAGCGUUGAAGCUCCCGCCACCGCAUUCCUUCCAACUCUUUCCGUUCCAGAUAUUAGAUCAAUUAAUUACGCUCCUCCCAACCAACACGCGCACCUCGCGUGGUGCCAUUUCCUAAUCCUAUGCUCACAUUAUGUUUUUUGUUUUUGCACUAUUCCAUCCCUCUUAUCCGUAUCCCAAGUACACCUUUCAAUCUCAGUAUGCUUAGCAAAAAUAAGAUUACCGCACUCUGGUCGGCUCCGCCUACCUUGUCCAUGUCCCACAGCUGCCAUUCGCCUCGGCCCCCCUUUAUCUCAAGAGCUCACUCACCUUCAGCACGUGGCUGCGUUUCAUAACCGAGAUGAGAUGCGUCUUCGUGUCGUGUGUUAAUAGAAGCAACAUAAUAAGACGAAGUGUAGCUGAACCCGUUGCAGAGCUGAUGCGGGGACGACCGCUGUGACGAAACCUGACCCAAAUCUUGCGCUGAUAACCGUUCGUAACCAAAAAGCAGACCAAAAAAACACAUGCGUGCGUGCUGCCAUCUAUCGAGCACUGAGCAUUAAUUCAACGUUUCGGCCUUCACAACCAUUGAUGAACAAAAAUUACGCUUUAUUGGAGUGGCGCAGGCAAAAACAUCAUCUUGAUUCGGCCCCAUUUAUUGUCAUUCGAGUUAUAUUUCAGCUGACGUGACGCGAGUCGAUUUAUUGCGCCAUCCGGGACAGCCUAUAGUGUGUUUUUGUGUGCGUUGAUGGAGAAGAAUGCAUGGACACGUGUGUGCUUGUUGUUUGUUGCGCUUCUCUCACGACCGGGGUGGACAACCGAAAAGGGGGGACUACCGGUCGAGUGAGGGCGCGGCACGAAAUGUGUGUGGACGUGAGAGAGAUAUGCUACGACCCUUUACCGCUAUUACUAUGAGAAACGGUACCGGAAUCGGCAGCGCUUGAUGUGUUGUUAGGAUUCCAAUGUUUUCCCUAAAACAAUUGAAAAUUAUGUUUUUCAUUAGAUUUCCUGCCCCUUUUAUAUGAUUGGACUUUCAAAGAAUCACUAAAGUACGCAAAUAACAAGUAACCAACUUAGUAUAGAACAUAAAAUAAUUGUUGUUACUUUUGGAGGUCGUUUCGUCGGUGAUAACUGAAAACACGUGAUUUUGAAUGAGGAAUGAAUGCUGUACGUGUGCACACACUGCUGUUUUUAAUAGUUAGGUGCUAAAUCCAAUCUACGCCUUAUUUUUCUUAUGUCAAUGAAAAAAAUAUUCAGAGCUUGUAUAAAAUACAACGAUUUGGUACAGCAUCUUAGGUAAAGUACAAUUAAAACGCUUUAUGAGGCCCUUAGCAUAAAACUCAAUAAAUCCGCAAACGAGAACAUUGGAUCUUUUAUUUUGAUCAUCAACACUAUUUCAACACCAUCAAAUAACGUGGCCGCAUUGGCGUUCUAUUUGUUUCAUCUAUAAAUUGGGUUACGUACUUUUCAUGGAAAUGACUCGUUUGUCUUGUGUUUGUAUCACGAACGCAGACUCUGAACUAAUCGUUUAUUGGGUAAAAAACUUCUCUUUCAGUUUAAAACGUUCUUUUCCUAGGAGUUAUUUAUGAACAGUCCUGCUCCGCUCAGUAAUUAAUACCUUUUCUUAUUUUUUCUUCUUUCUUCUCUUCUUUUCUAUGUUCUUUAUCUUCAUACCUUAGAUCCUUCAUCGGUGGGCGACGUCUC